AUGUUCAACACCAUCAUAGGAAGUGUGCUCACUGUUAUGUUUUCCCUUAGUAUGUCCGUGUUGCUUUAUUUGCAUUUUUACCGUGGCAAUACGGAUCCAAAGGAAUCGGGCAAUUAUGUCGAACUUUCAACCUUAGAAGCAAACCCAAUCAAUAUUGUUGAUAAUGGUAUUGAUGAUGAUAUACAAUCUCAAGGGUCUGGGAAAAUUGGUUCCGAUAGAGAAGAAUCAAACGAGUUUUUUUCAUCAGAUUUUGAAAUAGAUGAAGAAGAAUUAAAGGACUCAGAAAGACUGCAACCAGAUAAAAUCAUUGUUAACUUCCCUAUAUCUUCACAAGCUUCUACUCAAUAUCACAAAAGGAACUUCUUCCCGCUAAAUAAUUGGAACUUGGCUGUUCCAUUACUUUUAGCAACAUCAUGGAUAAUCUUAAACAUUGAUCAUUACUUUAGUGAACCUAUCUACACAGAAAAGGAUUUAGUCUCAUGGUUUUCAUAUGUGAUUCUCCAUUUCUGCGCUCCUCUUUUCACUGCCAUUUGGCUUUAUGCAUUCCAUCCACAAGGAGCUUUGAAACUGUUUGGUAUGAGUCUUGGACUUCAAAAUAUCUUGGGAGUACUCACCCAUUUGGCAUUCCCCAAUGCACCUCCGUGGUUUAUUCACGUUUAUGGUCCUGAUCAUGAAGCUAACUACGAAAUGGAGGGCUAUGCAGCAGGAUUGAUUAGAGUUGAUACCGCCAUGGGUACUCAUUUACAUACCAAUGGAUUCCAUAAAUCUCCAAUUGUAUUUGGGGCUUUGCCCUCCCUUCAUUCAGCAAUGGCGGUUUGCGUCUUCUUUCAUUUGGCGUAUUACUCAAGAUGGACAGCCAUUAAAGCCUUGGGUCUUUUAUUUGUUGUUGUACAAUGGUGGGCUACAAUCUACUUAGAUCAUCACUGGCGUCUAGAUUUGUAUGCUGGAUUGCUUUAUGCCAUUGGUCUGUUUACACUCUUCACAUCAAUGAGAGCAAAGGUUGACGAACGAUUCUUCCAUGCCAGAUUUACAGGUGACUUUGUCCGUGGCUCUACUAUGGGCAUGCGUGUGUUCAAGAAUACCAGAUUACAAAAUUUCUUUGACCCACUCCUGUAA